AGUACCAACAAUAACAACAACAGCAGCACACUUCUCCUCCGCGAAUCAGCGUCUCCGCUGAGCCGCAUACUUUGGUGGCAGCGCAUGGAAGCGCUGCUGCACAAAUCUCCACGGCUUCAGCCAAAGCAGAAGAAUCAGAACCCCCCAAAGGCUUUCCCCUCCGUCUCCCUAUUCGUUUUUGACAAGCAAGCGUCAGCAACGGCAUGUGCAGCACUGCUGAGACGGCACUUGCUGCCUGCCGCAGUUGGCGUAUGGGCUGAAGAAACGGCAGCAGGAGGGCAGCGCCGCUACUUCUGUGGAUCGUUGAGGGCGUUGAUCGCCGCGGGAGCUGCUGCAGCACGUCGAGCAGAGAGUGCAAGGCAGCAGCAAUCACGCUUGCUCGCUGCUGCAAAUGCCAAAUUCGAUGAUGCAUGCACCAGCACGUCCAGCGACACAAACUGCGCUACGCCAUCGAGCAGCACAAUGUGCAAUUUGUACGAAGUCUUAGAAGCCGGGCAGCCAGUCUGGCUGUACUUCGACGUCGAAUAUCUCUUUUCUUUUAAUCCGCAGCAGCGCAGUUCUGCAGCAAUCGCAGAGACGUGGCGACAGCUGUUACUGCAACUCAGGGGGUUCCUCUGCAACGCUUGCGGCAUGUGCUGCCGUCCUGACGAGUUCGUUUCGCUAGAUGCAACAACUCAUAAAAAAUUCUCACGGCAUCUCAUUGUUAAAGCUCUAAGACCCCUCUGUGAAGGAGGACCUUCCACGCAGCCUUUUCCGUAUCCAGAGUAUGCAGAAAAACAUCCCAGCAUGUGGCUACUUCGAGACGAUUGUGAUAUUACGUCUACUGGUGCUGAUAUUACGUCUACUGGUGCUGAUAUUACGUCUACUGGUGCUGAUAUUACGUCUACUGGCGCUGAUAUUACGUCUACUGGUGCUGAUAUCACGUCUACUGGUGCUGAUACUACGUCUACUGGUGCUGAUACUACGUCUACUGGUGCUGAUACUACGUCGACUGAGGCGGCUGGGAAUUUCGAAGCGGCGGAGGGGCCUCAUUCUUGCGCAGGAAAGGGCUUCUGCACCAGAGGCAGUGAGAAGGGGCAGUCUACGCUGAUGGCAGACGCUCAGACGGCAGGGCGUUUUGCAGAAUUCUUUGUUCUCCAUCUGGCGAAACGCAUACACCUUCUGCAGCUGCAGCAGCAACGACAGGAGGAGAUCCAGACACAGGCAGUUGUGCAGUCUCAUCCAACGAGCGGAUUGCUGCCUAAGCCGCAAGGGUAUGUGCGCGAGCAGCAGCAAGGAAGUUCAGCGAAUGAGCAGCUAGCUGUCGCCGCGCAACUCGGAAGCCUGCAGGAGGAGGCAGAAGGAGGGCACAAAAGUUGCAGCUGUGCAACGGAGGCAGCCUCCGCGUCACUCUCCGAGUUGAUGCUGCUUUUCCCUUUUGCCACUGAAGACGGCGGUAGACGCUGCCUCGUCGACUUGGCAGUAUACACGCGCAACAGAUGCUUCAGACUGUUAGGUGCCUCCAAGUUCAAGCAGAAUACACCCCUCAGGGUGAGCGAAGACUGCAGCUACCCGCUAGGCACUUCGCUAGAGCUGCAGAUCCUAAGAAGCCUUGUCGGGCUGGUGCCUCCCGGCAUCGACAUUCCACUCUUUCACCAUACCGCUAUCGCUCCCCAUCCGUCCGCCUCCGCGGCUAUCAGCGGCAGCAGCAACACGCGAGAAAAACACUUGGGCAGUCCAGCAGCACUUGACAGUUCCGCCUCUCUAGUUGGCUGUCGCUUGCUGCCCGUAAGGCCCUUCCUCGCCACCCACACGCACGGGGGAUUCUUCUCACCAAAAGUUUCCUCCGCACGCACCGAAGCAGCAGCGCCACGAGACAUCCGAGAUGCUCUUUUGCGUGAAGACGCCCAUUCGCUCGGCCUCCCUUCGCAUGUCACUGGACUUAGAGACGCUGCGGCUUUCGCCGUGGCGUUCUGGCAAAGAGUACGAGAUGCAGCAGAGGCAGGAGCAGCAGCAGAGGCAGGAGCUACAAGCCAGCAGCAGAGGCAGCAACUGCAACAACAACUGCAGCAGCAUCAACCGCAACAGCUGCUCAGAGGACAGCACAAAUCCAACGGGGUGCGCCUCAUUGUGGACGCCAGACGGGGGUGUUUCUGGCAAAAGUGUCACGAUCCAGAUUGCGGAGGCUUCCGAUCCCCUCCCUUCCCUCUUCCGCCUGCUGGCGUUGGCGAAGACUACAGCGCAGCAGCAGCCGCUGCUGCUGCAUGCGGCGUCGUGCUGUGCCCUAUCGAAGAAGCCUCACCGGCGUCAUGCGCAAUAGAAACAUUGGGGCUUUCCGCAUUCAUGGAAGACAUGGAGGACGCCGCUGCCGCUGCCGAUCUGGAAACUUUUGCAGCAGCAACAGCAGCAGCAGAAAGCGACAAAAGCACGGCUGCUCACAGGGAAAAAUCCUUGAGAGCUGCAGACGCCGUACACAAGCAAGCCAACAGAAGAUCCGUUGCUGCAGCCGCAGCAGCUGCAGCAGGCGGAGGCGGCAGUGCUGCUGCUGCUGCUGCUGCCUCG